GGGACCCGCGGGGCCGCCUCCUCCCGGCUCCCCGGCGCCGCUGGGCUCCCGGGCGGGCGGCAGGUGCAGCGCGGCCGGGCGGCCGGCGAGGGGGGCGCCGCGGCGGGUGGAUGAGAGUUGGCCCCGAUCUCCGCUCAGGGGACCCCGAGCGUCAUGUUAGGGUGAAGCAGAGGAGCUCAGUGCUGAACAUGCUAAGGAGGUUGGACAAAAUCAGGUUCAGAGGUCACAAGAGAGAUGACUUCCUUGAUCUAGCGGAGUCUCCAAACGCCUCAGACACCGAAUGCAGCGAUGAAAUCCCCCUGAAGGUACCGCGGACCUCGCCCCGGGACAGCGAGGAGCUGAGGGACCCUGCUGGUCCAGGGACCCUCAUCAUGGCCACAGGAGUCCAGGACUUUAACCGGACAGAGUAUGAUCGACUGAAUGAGAUCAAAGGUCACCUGGAAAUUGCCUUAUUGGAAAAACACUUCUUACAGGAGGAGCUCCGGAAGCUUCGAGAAGAAACCAACGCAGAGAUGCUGCGGCAGGAGCUGGACCGGGAGCGGCAGCGGCGGAUGGAGCUGGAGCAGAAGGUGCAGGAGGUGCUGAAGGCCAGAACCGAGGAGCAGACGGCUCAGCAGCCCCCGAAAGGGCAGGCCCAGGCCAACAAUGGAGCAGAGCGCCGGAGCCAGGGUCUGUCCUCGCGCCUGCAGAAGUGGUUCUAUGAGAGGUUUGGGGAGUACGUGGAGGACUUCCGGUUCCAGCCCGAGGAGAACACCGUGGAGGCGGAGGAGCCCCUCAGCGCCCGCAGGUUGACUGAAAACAUGAGGCGUCUCAAGCGCGGUGCCAAGCCUGUCACUAACUUUGUGAAGAACCUCUCUGCCUUAUCCGACUGGUACUCCGUCUACACGUCUGCCAUCGCCUUCACCGUGUACAUGAAUGCCGUGUGGCACGGCUGGGCCAUCCCAUUGUUCCUAUUUCUAGCAAUUCUGAGGUUAUCCCUCAAUUACCUCAUCGCCAGGGGCUGGCGGAUACAGUGGAGCAUCGUGCCGGAAGUGUCUGAGCCCGUGGAACCUCCAAAGGAAGACUUGACUGUGUCUGAGAAGUUCCAGCUGGUGCUGGACGUCGCCCAGAAAGCCCAGAACCUUUUCGGCAAGAUGGCUGACAUCCUGGAAAAGAUCAAGAACUUGUUCAUGUGGGUCCAGCCGGAGAUCACCCAGAAGCUGUAUGUGGCGCUCUGGGCCGCCUUCCUGGCCUCCUGCUUCUUCCCCUACCGCCUGGUGGGACUCGCCGUGGGGCUCUACGCUGGCAUCAAGUUCUUCCUCAUCGAUUUCAUCUUUAAACGCUGCCCGAGGCUGCGCGCCAAGUACGACACGCCCUACAUCAUCUGGAGGAGCCUCCCCACUGACCCCCAGCUCAAGGAGCGCUCCAGUGCCGCCGUCUCACGCAGACUGCAGACGACCUCGUCACGGAGCUACGUGCCCAGCGUACCGGCCGGCCUGGGUAAAGAGGAGGACGCCGGCCGCUUCCACAGCACCAAGAAGGGGAAUUUCCACGAAAUCUUCAAUCUGACGGAAAACGAGCGUCCGCUGGCGGUGUGUGAGAACGGCUGGCGCUGCUGCCUGAUCAACAGGGACCGGAAGAUGCCCACGGACUACAUCAGGAACGGGGUGCUCUACGUCACGGAGAAUUACUUAUGCUUCGAAAGCUCCAAAUCUGGGUCCUCAAAGAGGAACAAGGUCAUCAAGCUGGUGGACAUCACGGACAUCCAGAAGUACAAGGUCCUGUCUGUCCUCCCGGGUUCAGGCAUGGGGAUUGCUGUUUCCACGCCAUCAACCCAGAAACCACUCGUGUUUGGUGCCAUGGUGCACAGGGACGAGGCCUUCGAGACCAUUUUCAGCCAGUACAUCAAGAUCACCUCAGCGGCAGCAUCCGGCGGUGACAGCUAGUAUUGACUUGCCCGGGACGUUGCUGGAAUUUUUUUUUUAAACAAUUUGGUAGUGGAAACAAUUGGACAUCCUCAUGAGCUUUUGCAAUAAUUCUCCUGGACCUGUGGUUCUAUUGUGUUGACCUCUGCGUUUCAUUGACCACGAAGGGGCCAGGGCUCGCAGGGAUGGGGGUGUCCCUCUCCCAUGGGGCACAUCAGGUGCCUCUGAGGGACACCUAUGGACUGGGGGGGGCAGAGGCCCUCGGGGGCCCGUGGAGAGGACGUACAGGACCCCGGGCCCUGCCCUUCUCCAUUCCAGCCUGUACAGAGAAACCUCUCUGGCCGCCCCAAGAGGCUCUUGCAACCUUGUGUCCUGCUCUCCAGAGGCCGGAAGCUCGUCCACCACAAAAGCCAUAGCUGAGUAGUGCAGGGCCCCUUCCCCUGGGGACAGGAAGAUGUCCUCUUGGAGGGACAUGGGGGCGCUUCACCAACCACCGAGACGGGCCUGGCAGUCCUCCUUCCCCUUCCACAAGACCAUCCUGCAGUGUUUGUGCUGGGCGCCGGGUCAGGGCCGGGCACAGCGUCCUUGCCUGUGCUCUACACUCGCUCCGUGGGAGUAGGAGGGUGAGACGGGCCCUCCCCUUGCCCGCCCUUGGUGUCUUCCGUGGCGCUUUCCUCACCAGCCUCCAGGGCGCUCAGCCCCUCAUCAGUGAGGGCGCCUGCCACUCUAGGCCUGACGCACCGGCCAGGAGGUCUGUGGUGGGUGACCAGGAAGGGCACAGGAUGGCGUGCAGGAAAAAGCACAUCUUUCUCACACUUGGCUCUUUGGAAGGCCCAGGAGAACAUCCGAAGGCCGCUGGGGUGCUCUGAGCACUGCGGCUUGUCCGGCCCGUGGCCUCUAGGCUGCGGCUGCCUGGAUUGGUGAGGGGAGGGGGCCAGCAGCAGUGUUCCGGGUCCGUGGUGGCCCAGGCUGCAGCCACCUUUGGGCAGUGGCAGCGGCUCGGGCAGCUCCUGUGCUUUAGGGAGCACCUGUGAGCCGACCCCAGAGGCCUGGGCCUGCACUGCCUGCAGCUGAGGCGACAGUCUUCCCUCCCCUGCGUGCCUAGUCAGUGCCAGUCCGGCACAGACCUCUCCCAGCCCCCGCCCCGCCCCGGGGAAGCCUGCGCUUCCUGGGAACAAGGUGGCAUUUGUGGAGGGAGCGCCCUGCAGGCCUGGUUUGCUGGGGCCUCCUGCACUGGGCUGAAGGGAGGGAAAGGAGGCCUGGGCCUCGUGGACGGAGGUGGCUUGCGCGUCUGCUGGGGUGGAUUCCGCAGCCCCCUCAGCUUGUCCCUUGGGUGUCGUUGAGAUUGUUGUUUUUUGAAGAAACAGAAGAUUAUAUUUUUUACAGAGAGCAAGCUGUUUUUCUUAUUUUUAUAUCAUUUUUCAGAUGUAAUUUUUACCUUUGCUCCAAUCCUCAUUUGCGGGUGUAGGUGAGGGAUCUGGGGGCACGGGCUGGUUUCACCUGCUUCCUGGGGGCUGCAGGUCACACGCCGGUGCCGGGGUGCUUUGCAGGGAGCCGCGCCGACCACCAGAUUAAGCACACGUCCCAUCCAGGGCAGCAGAACCCCCUCGGCUCUAGGCUGCACAGACGUCGGCGUCCAGGUGACGAAUGGGGGCAGAACCCACUCUGAGCCAUGGGUCUGGCCCCUCGAGGGGUGCACCAGGGGAGGGUGCCCACCUCAGUGAACCCCACCUCGCUGCCUGAGGCAACAAAGCCACACAGGGUGGGUGCUGACCCACCCCAGGGGUGGCUGUAGGGGCAGUGCUACAGGCCAUGUCACACCCUUCUUCCCUGGGCUGGGCUGGGCAGUGCCUGAGGGUGGGUCCAGGGGCUGGGGCCAGUGAGCGCCUCUUCCUAGGUGCUGGGAUUCUGUCCCCAAACGCAGCAGGAGGGCUCCCUGGGGCAGAUGGGGCUUCUUUACCAGAGUCGUGUGGUUUAGUUUGAGUCCCUUUUGUGGAGAAAGGGAGAUGAAAACUGACCACCUGCUGGGUGUGGCCGCAGACCUCCAGGGAGGGCCAGCUGCUGGAAGCGGGGAGAGAGGGGGGCCAUGGCUGCCGGCACAGGCCCCUCCCUGGAGGUCCUCUGGAGCAGAACUCAGACCGGCGCGGGCUCUGGGCUCCCCGUUGAGAGAAGCUGUAGUUUUUACCAAAUUGUGUACAUCUGGGCAGAUGUUUAAUUUCUAUGACUAAUCACUGAACUAGAUGAAUGUUAAAUUUUUUAUGUCUGAAGCCUGAGUCUAUUUUGGAUCUGUAAAUAAUCAUUGCCAGUGUGACUUUUGUUCAACAAAAGGAUUGUACUGUAUUAAGAACUGAUGAAAAAAAUUCCCCUGUAACAUUUUUUAAAGAAAACUUUGUUUGUUUAAAGAAGAAGUCUUGUAUAAAUUAUAAUUUUUAUUUAAAUAAACCUAAAAUGCUUUGUGCUAAGGCUCA